AUGGCCGUCGACGACAGCAGCACGGACGUCGUCCUCCCACCCCUCCCCGACGUUGCCAUCGACAAACUCCGCGACCUCGUCUCCGCACAGUAUCUCGACUGGGACCCCGCCGCCAUCCACAUCCGUGCUGGCGCCCUAUUUGCCCAUCUUAAGGCCGUCAACCGUGCUGCCAAUGGUGCCACCCGCGCGCGCAAGCAGGUUACCGCCGAUGCCCGCCAUGAGAUGGACCAGACAUACCUUGGCCUGCAGAAUUUGCUAUACGAGAAGCGACAUCUUGAGCGGGAGAUAGAAAAGUGUCGCCAAUUCGCCUCAAUCUACCAGGAUAUACCAUUGUACUCUAUCGAGGAGUUCACUCAGCUUGCGCCAGAAGAGGCGAGGACUGAGGGUGUGCUGGCGGACGAACAUCAGCUGAUGCUUAAUCGGCUGAGUUUCGAACUCGUGGAAAGACAGAGGCUCGAUCAGAAACAGAAGGAUAUCCUGAAGGAGAAGGAGGAGCUGCUCAAGGAGAGCAAGGCCAAGCUCGCCACAAUGGAAUCUGUGAAAACUCAGGUCGACACUCUCAUCAAGACUGCUACGGAGGUGCAGAAGAAGGUGGCAGACCUCGUGCAAAGUACAGACACCCCAGCAAACACACCGGUGCCGGGUUGA